ACGUCACAACGCGGAAGUGCAGUUUGUUGACGCUAGCAUGGCAUUUCUGCGGGAAAUUCGAAAGUACAAAGUGAGGAACUGUUUUGUUUGUGUCACGACGACGCCAGAAUUAACAUCGAAGUCGUUUGUGGGUGAAACAUUUCUAUGCGAUGUCAGCCUCUGAACCAACCCAGCUGGGUCGAAAACGCGCCCUACCCGCCUGCCCGAACCCCCUGUUCCUUAAGUGGCUCACCGAGCUAAGGGACGAGGCCAAGGAGAAAGGCCUGAAGACCCAGUACACUUAUCAGAAGGCAAUCAGCUCUCUGAAUAAAUACCCACUUCCGCUUCGGGAUGCCAGAGAGGCCAAGAUACUGCAAAACUUUGGAGACGGGAUAUGUAAAAUCCUGGACUCUAAACUGCAACAAUACUACAAAGAACUCGGUCAGGAUAGUCCUGUUUCUACCCCCCAUGAAAGACCACCGUCUCCUGGCAGCUCAGACAACAAGAGGCCUGAUCACACCAAAAAGAAAGAUGCUAAGGAUGACAAAGGAGGAAGGAAGAAGAAGAAGAGGGAGUAUAUGCCCCAGAAAAGAUCCAGGGGUUAUGCUGUCAUGCUGACACUUUAUAGACAGUCGCAGAUACCAGGCAGUAAAGGCUUCAUGUUCAAGAUGGAGCUGCAAGCCCAGGCGCAGCAUCUUUGUGAUAAAUCCUUCACAGUGCCUGAGCUCGGCAGUAAGUACACGGCCUGGUCAUCAGUGGCCAUGCUGGUACAGAGGAACCUGGUGAUGAAGACCCACAGUCCUGCACGCUACUUUCUAACACAGGAAGGUCUGUCUUUGGCACAACGUAUGGAAUCAGCAGAACCAGAUUCGAAAGCAGGUCCAAAUGUGCUUGGCGAUGAGGAGGAAGAUGAUCCAGCAGUUGUUGACCUCACUGCUAGUGGAGAUGAUGAUGAUGAUUACCAUGACGACAAAGAGAAGGAUAAACUACAGCUGACUGAGCCCAGAAGCGAGGUGCUGAGCGAAGGACGACUCCUACCCGGAUCCUAUGACAUUGUGCUCUGCGUGGACUUCAUUGAGACGACAGGCGGCAGCCAUCAUCGCAAACAUGAGUUGGUCAAAGAGCUCCAGAGGAAUGGUGUCAAGUUUGAUGUCAGGAAGCUCAACGUUGGUGACUUCCUGUGGGUGGCCCAGGAGAAGGUUGCCCCCACGCCAGCUGCAAGCAAAGAACUUGUCCUUGAUUUUAUCGUCGAGAGGAAGCGGAUGGAUGACCUGUGUGGCAGCAUCAUUGACGGACGCUUCAGGGAGCAGAAGUUUCGCCUGAAGAGGUGUGGCCUGCGGAGGCCCAUCUACCUGGUGGAGGAACAGGGGAAGGCGGCGUCACACCUGAGCCUUCCUGAAAAGACACUGCAGCAGGCCAUCAUCAACACGCAGGUGGUGGACGGCUUCUUCGUCAAGAGAGUGCAGGACGUGAGAGAGUCGGCGGCCUACCUCAGCAUCAUGACGCGGCAUCUCACCAAAUUAUACCAGAACCGCACCUUGGUGUGCCGCUCCCGGGAGCUGGACGGUGACCCGGACCACAGCGACGACACCCCCUCCUGCUCACUCAUGUCUUUCGCAGAGUUCAACUACGGUGCCAUCAAGAACAAGAGUCAGACGGUGCGAGAAGCCUUUGCCAGACAGCUGAUGCAAGUGAGUGGCCUGUCUGGAGACAAAGCGGCUGCUAUCCUGGAGCAGUACAGUACUCCACAAAGUCUCCUGAAGGCAUAUGACAAAUGCAAAAGCGAAGCAGAGAAAGAGAAGCUGCUGUCCACCAUCCAAUGUGGCAGGCUCAACAGGAAUUUGGGUCCAGCUUUGAGUCGAACCCUGUACCAGCUGUACUGUAGCAAAGGAGUGCUGUCCUAGAUGUUCAAGAUGAAGGAUUCAUGAAGAUGUUAACUUACUGACUGUAAGAUAGCAAUUGUGAUGAUACAAGGCGGAGUCAUGUGACCAAAUAGUCAAAGAAGAAGCCUGAUGAAAGUACAACAAUGAAGAACAAUCAGGAACAUGUCGACUCCUUUAUAGCAUUUUGUCUGUUGCUCUGGUCCCUCAUGACAAAUUCACUUAUUUACAUACAGGAAUAGAAAAAGAAUUUCUCUGAAUAUGUAAGUGCAAUUUUUUUCAGUGCACGGGGCCUCCAAGGUGGAACCAUCAUGGAAGCAGCGUGAAUGAUUGCAGAGAGCAAAAAGGACAACAUGGUACCACCACUUUUAAGGUCCUCUUGUGAGGCUGUCUCUCCAAUGGUCCCAUCUGACAGCGAGGCAGCAUUCAUACGCGUUCACCUCCUCAGCUGUGUCCGCUCUAAUGUUCGCUGAAGGUCAAAGGUCCUUCAAAAAAAAAAGACUCCACCCUGUCCUGUGACUGCAAAGUCAACAGCCGCUCUUUGUUCAUACAGAGUCCGAGUGAGGGUGCCCUAGCCCGGCACCGCCAUUAGUCGGGCAUGUCUAUGCACAGUUUGGAUGGGGCGACAAAGUAUUUGCCAGGACUCUGUGUGAUCA